UACUUGUCGAUUUGCUGCGUGAGCAGAGGGUCAUCAGUAAUUGUCAAUUGCGUGAACCGUUUGCUUUUGUCUUCGUGCCACUAUGUGCUAGUUGGUGAUUGAGGCCUUUUUAAUAGUUGGCGAAAUGGUGUCUCCGAGAUCUGGCGGUGGGACAGUCUCAACAGCUUUACCCGUGCGACCUGUGUGUUCCUACAAUAGUUGUGGUUUCUGUGGUAGGGAUCUUAAGCAUGAAAGAAUUCCUCAACUUUUACCAUGCCUGCACUCUGUUUGCCGGGAGUGUGUUCCCCUGAGUGAAUUACAGAGAGAAUGUCCUGUAUGUGGAAGCCAGUACUUUUCUUCAGAGAUCACUGACAACCCAUUCUUCUCCAAGUUCUCUGACUUAAAACCCCGGUGUGGGGGUUGUGAUGAGCCAGUGGUCUGUGGCUGGUGUGCUGAAUGUGUCGAGCCGCUCUGCUCCGUCUGUGUAGCAGCCCAUAAGAGGGUGAAAUUAACCCGGGAACACAGCGUCCUAUUCCGUUUGCCUCCAGGUUUUAGCAGGGCGGUGUUGUGUCCAAUCCAUAGCAGAGAGCAGAUGAAGCUCUUCUGUGUGACUUGUGAUCAGCUGACUUGCCGGGAUUGUCAGCUAACCUUCCACAGGGAGCACAAGUACAUGCUUGCUCAGGAGGCUUUGCCACAGCAAAGGGAAUGGUUACAGUAUCUGAUGGAGACUGUGAAGAAGCAGAGACCAAUUGUACAGCAGAACCUUCUGGAACUGGAAGGACGGCUUUCCGACUUGGAGGAUCUGCAGGAGAGUUUGAGGGCCGAGGUAAAAGAUAUCCUGAAGGUCAUCUGGAGGGUCCUGGUUAAGAGGGCCAUGCAGCUUUCCAAGGAAAUGCAGGAUCUCUGUCGGAACGAGAGCGAGUGUGUCACGGAGAGACAAGCCCAACUGAGGAAACUGGGAGAGAGGCAGGAGUAUGUGCUGGCCUUUACAGAGAAUACUCUGAAAAAUGAGGACCAAACCUUACUGCUGUCCUGCAAAAGACAGAUCCACGCUCAGCUGCAGGGCAUACUAGCCCAAACCCAGGACCUCUACGCAGUGUCUACUAUGAAGGAGUUGAAGCUUUAUUGUCACCAGGACUUCUUCAGAACCAUUGGGUGCUUUGGGGAAAUAGUGACUAAGGAGGUCCCAUUUGCUCGGUUAAACCUGAAGAAGACUCAUGGAUCUGUCAGCAGUCCCAUUCAAAUCAGUCCUCCCACUUUUUCUUUGGAAAAGCAGAGAAAAGAAACGGCCUCUUCAACAUUGUCACCUUCAUCCCAGGAUGCUUCCAGUAUGUAUAGACCAGCAGGACAGCCAUAUCACUAUGUCCCUCACGCUACCAGGCCCUCUUCUCUGGCAUUAUCUUCCUGUUCAGACAGCCCUCUGUCAGUCUCUUCUACUUCUGCUGUGAAUGCCACCAAUCCCCUGCGUUCUUACAAAAAUGACGUAAACGCUGAAGACCGUGGCUGCUUGUCAUUGUCAGCGGUUUCCCAGAACGGCCCUGUCCCAUGUCACAGGUAUCCCGGCGGUACCUCUGAGACUGACCUGGUGACGGACCCUGGCACCCAGAAUUGUCAUGCCAAAAGAAAAUCGGCGGGUGAAAGUGUGGGUCCUGAAAAUAAACGGUACCGCUUGCCACCCUUGAAGAUACCAGCAGACUCGUCCUGUGAGAGGGAUCCCCCCGUAGAUGCAGAAAAUCAAAUUGCGUACCAGGCUGGCAAAGUAAUGAAAAGGAAAGCUAUGUCUACCAACGUGGACCGGAGUGCAGUGCCACCAGUGGACAACACCCAAGCUACCAAGGUUUUAGUUCACCAUCAAUCAAAUCACAUUACCAAAACAGCCAGUCAGGUGGUUUUUGCUCCUUUCAAACUCCCUGUAACUCGGGGCCCAUCAGCAGCCAGUGACAUUCCCCCUAGCACCCUGAAUGCCCCACCCAGCACUGGAUACAGAAUGGCUGUUCCCCCGUACUUGGUUAUUUCCAACACCGCUCCAGUUUCCAGUCCCACCGCAAAUAUGGGUUGGCUUGACAAUAAAAGCCUGGUUUUUAUUCCUAAUGGCAUGAUCUUCCAGACACCCAUUGGAGGGGUUCAGAACCAACUGCAGGCCGGUUCUGUGCCAGAAGGAAAAUGCCCACAGGGUCUUUUGCAAUGUGUGGAUAACAGGGUGUCUGACAUGAUAACUCGUCAGCCAGCGUCCCCUCCUACGGAAGCUCCUCAGUCACAGUCCACAGACUUCUCAACACACAACACUUCUCAAUUCAAAAUCAGAAUGAAAAUGGUGAAGACUGUUCCUAAGGUUCAGAUCACAAAGCAGCCUGCUAAGGAACGCCCUAUGGAGUCAGGAUUGUGCCAAAAAGAUGAAGUUGCCUCGACUUUCCUUGUAGACCCUACUCCUGUCCAGACAAACUCUAUAAAAAUAGAUAUUGCCCAGACAGAAAUUGACCUCUUCCAGAAGGACUCAAAUCUGACAGUUGUACAGAAUGAGACCCAUCAGGCUAAAAAGACUAAAAACACCCAGAUGGAAAUUGUUCCUGCUCAAGCAAUUGGAAUCAAAGAGAACCAAGUGUGCCAUCCAGUUAAAAGCCCAAUGCAAUUUGUGAGGGCAGAUGUGCUUGACCCUUCUCAAACUGUACACACUAACCAAGCUCACAGUGUCCAAAACAGCAUUGUGCAGACUGAUUCUGGCCAUACAAAAAUUGUCAACAUUAGUACACAAGUAUCUAGUAUAACAAUCAAGGAUGAAUCACCUGCCACAUACAGCUUGUCAGUUACAGGCCCAAUGCAGCCCAUGAAAGUAAUCAUGUCUGACACUCCACACUCUGAAAAUGUUCAGACUGACCAUAUCUACACAGAAAGGGUUCAUGUGACUAAUAAGGCAAAAGCAGGUUUUGUCCAGACUAAGAUGGUGCGUAGGGACUCUGUCCAGAUUGGAACGCCGAGUAGGGACUCUGUCCAGACUGGAACGCAGAGUAGGGCCUCUGUGCAGAUUGAGACAGUUCAGACUGAGAUGGUGCAUAAGGACUCCUUCCAGAACGAAACAGCCCCGAUGGACCUUGUCCGGACCGACACGUCGCAGGUGGACCCUGUCUGGACCGAGACAGUUCAGACUGAGAUGGUGCAUAAGGACUCCUUCCAGAACGAAACGGCACUGAUGGACCCUGUCCGUACCGACAUGUCGCAGGUGGACCCUGUCCGGACCGAGACAGUUCAGACUGAGAUGGUGCAUAAGGACUCCUUCCAGAACGAAACAGCCCCGAUGGACCCUGUCCGGACCGACACGUCGCAGGUGGACCCUGUCCGGACCGACACGUCGCAGGUGGACCCUGUCCGGACCGACACGUCGCAGGUGGACCCUGUCUGGACCGAGACAGUUCAGACUGAGAUGGUGCAUAAGGACUCCUUCCAGAACGAAACAGCCCCGAUGGACCUCGUCUGGACCGACACGUUGCAGGUGGACCCUGUCCGGACCGAGACAGUUCAGACUGAGAUGGUGCAUAAGGACUCCUUCCAGAACGAAACAGCCCCGAUGGACCUUGUCCGGACCGACACGUCGCAGGUGGACCCUGUCUGGACCGAGACAGUUCAGACUGAGAUGGUGCAUAAGGACUCCUUCCAGAACGAAACGGCACUGAUGGACCCUGUCCGUACCGACAUGUCGCAGGUGGACCCUGUCCGGACCGAGACAGUUCAGACUGAGAUGGUGCAUAAGGACUCCUUCCAGAACGAAACAGCCCCGAUGGACCCUGUCCGGACCGACACGUCGCAGGUGGACCCUGUCCGGACCGAGACAGUUCAGACUGAGAUGGUGCAUAAGGACUCCUUCCAGAACGAAACAGCCCCGAUGGACCUCGUCUGGACCGACACGUUGCAGGUGGACCCUGUCUGGACCGUGACAGUUCAGACUGAGAUGGUGCAUAAGGACUCCUUCCAGAACGAAACGGCACUGAUGGACCCUGUCCGGACCGACAUGUCGCAGGUGGACCCUGUCCGGACCGAGACAGUUCAGACUGAGAUGGUGCAUAAGGACUCCUUCCAGAACGAAACGGCACUGAUGGACCCUGUCCGGACCGACAUGUCGCAGGUGGACCCUGUCCGGACCGACACGUCGCAGGUGGACCCUGUCUGGACCGAGACAGUUCAGACUGAGACGGUGCAUAAGGACUCCUUCCAGAAUGAAAUGGCCCCGAUGGACCCUGUCCGGACCGACACGUCGCAGGUGGACCCUGUCCGGACCGACACGUCGCAGGUGGACCCUGUCUGGACCGAGACAGUUCAGACUGAGACGGUGCAUAAGGACUCCUUCCAGAACGAAACGGCCCCGAUGGACCCUGUCUGGACCGACACGUCGCAGGUGGACACUGUCUGGACCGAGACAGUUCAGACUGAGACAGUGCAUAAGGACUCUGUCCCGACUGAGACGGUACUGAAGGACUCUGUCCAGACUGAGACGGUACAGAAGCAGACUGAAACAAUGCAAAAGGAGAUUGAAACAGCAAAUAAGGAUUCUGUCCAGAUUAAGGCAGUGCAGAUUGAAAGAGAACAUGAGGACUCUGUCAGAACUGAGACAGUCCAACCUGGGACUGAGCCCAGGGACUCGGUCCUGGGUCAAAUCACCAAAAGGAAAUCUGCUCCAUCAGAAUUUGCCCAAUUUGAAACUGGGAAGGCUGAACCUGUGGCAGAGGCUGAAAUUGUGCCAACAGAAGCUAUGAAUGACCAGACUGGUACUGCACAGAUGAAACCAGCCCACUACGACACUGGCUGUAAAAACGUUGUAGAGAGUGUAAUUCUAGAUACAGACCGAGCCCCAAAUGAUUUCACUGACAUUAUUCAGACUGAAAUGUCAACUCCCAACAAAUCUGUGGAAUUGGUCCCCAACAGCACUCUGAUCGAGAUAAUAGACCUCACUCUUGACCUCAGCAACGAUCUCUGCUCUCCUGUGGAAGAGGACGAUGUCGAAAUGGAUAAUGCUGUCAAAACCGCUGAGAGGAAAGACACAGGGAUGUCUUUUGGGCUCGAUAGAUUUCUACAGGUGUCUCUGCUUCGGAUGCCGUUCCUCGAUGCCCCUUUGGGAGCCCCAUCGACUUGCUUCUCCCUCACGGGAAUCAAAGAGCAGGAAACUGUAAAGGCAAUCCUCAAAGACACGUCGCCAGAGAGUUGUUCCUCUUCAAGCCCGGACAGCAGGAGGAGCACCCGCCAACGGCGCCCCCAUUUGGGGAGGAGGAAGCACUGCACGGCUUGUAAGACCUCUGGGAAGCUCAUUCAGUGUGUCUGUGGACGGGGCUUCCACAAGGACUGUCACAUUCCACCCGUCAGUUUCUUAGCGACUCUUAGUGAGCGCUGGCGGUGUAUGUUGUGCCGGGACCUCUCCGAUCCGGCUUGGCAGCAGGACUACAGCGAGCCUGACGGGGAAAUGUGUAUGAGCCCUUCUGACCAGAUGAGAUGUGAGCGCCUGCUGCUUGUCCUGUCAUGCAAGAAGUACAGUUUUGUCCUCUACAGACAAGCAAAGCGCUCGUCCCCUUGUCACUACAUGAACAUCAGCCUGAUAAGGGGACGGUUACUGCGGAAACUGGUCCCGCCUUAUCGCACCCCGUCCGAAUUUGUGUCCGAUGUCUGGUUUCUCCUCCAUUUGCUUUUAAAGAAGUAUUCCAAGUCCGUGAACCGACUUAGGGCAUGUUUUAGAAAGGAGCUGGGCAAACUUUUUGAGGGCAUCUUGCCCCCUUCCCUCCUCGUUAACCCCCACCAAGGGGAGGAGGAGGAGGAGGAAAGGAGUGCAGAUCCAGAGGAGAACAAGGAGUUCACCAUGAAGGGAAUCCGAGCUCUCUUGAAGAGAAGCGGUCAGGCAAAUGCAUCUCACACAGGGCUCAAUGAAAGAUAGAGUAUGACAAAAGCCUUUUAUUUGUAUAUGUUCACACAAUUGUUUAACCCAUUGAGAUAUGGUUUGGUUACAACCCGUCUUAUACACUGAGGACACAUUUGCUUUUUGUUUGUGUUCUUCACCUUGUAUUUUCUUGAAAAUAAACAUUUUUUUAGUGUG